UCAUUCCCAGCCCCUCACCCCGCGGCAUCAUGGGGGACGUAGUCCAGAUGCACUUCUCCACGCCGGACUAUGUGAUCUUCGCCCUGCUGCUGGUGGCGUCCACGUGCAUCGGCCUGUUCUACGCCCUGUCCGGCGGGCGCCAGCGCACCACGCAGGAGUUCCUAUUGGCCGACCGUUCUAUGAGCUGCCUGCCCGUGUCGCUCUCGCUGCUCGCCACCUUCCAGUCGGCCGUGGCCAUCCUGGGAGUGCCCUCGGAGAUCUACACCUACGGAACGCAGUACUGGUUCCUGGGAGUCUCCUACUUCCUGGGUCUGCUUGUCCCCGCCCACGUCUUCAUACCUGUCUUCUACAGGCUCCGCCUCACCAGCGCUUAUGAGUAUUUGGAGCUGCGCUUCAAUAAGACGGUUCGCAUCAUGGGCACCGUGACCUUUAUCUUUCAGAUGGUGAUCUAUAUGGGAGUGGUCCUCUAUGCACCAGCACUCGCACUCAAUGCAGUGACUGGAUUUGACCUCUGGGGGGCAGUGCUGGCCAUGGGUCUGGUGUGCACCCUGUACACAACAUUAGGAGGGCUGAAGGCAGUCAUCUGGACAGACGUGUUCCAGACCAUUGUGAUGUUUGCUGGCCAACUCGCGGUCAUCAUAGUGGGGGCCCACCAGGCAGGAGGCAUGGGAGAGGUGUGGAGGAAAGCCAUCAACGGCAGCCGCAUCGCUAGUCUGGACCUGAACCCUGACCCGACGGAGAGGCACACGUUCUGGACGCUGGGGGUGGGCGGGGUGUUCCUCAUGCUGGCGCUGUACGGGGUCAACCAGGCCCAGGUCCAGAGGUACCUCAGCUCCCGCACUGAGAGGGAGGCGGUCAUGUCGUGCUACGUGGUGUUUCCCUGCCAGCAGGUGGUGUUGUGUCUGGGCUGUCUGAUGGGCCUGGUGAUGUUUGCUCGUUACGGUGAGGAUAGCCCACUGGAUAAGGGUUACGUCAAAACCAACGACCAGAUGGUGCUGUACUUUGUGAUGGAUGUGUUCAGGGACCUGCCUGGCCUACCAGGGCUGUUUGUCGCCUGCCUGUUCAGCGGAGCUCUCAGUACCAUCUCAUCAGCGUUUAACUCCCUAGCGACGGUAACCAUGGAGGACCUAAUCAAGCCUUACUGCCCGGACAUGACUGAGGCCAAAGCCACACUGCUCUCAAAAGGCCUGGCGUUUGCCUACGGGCUGGUGUGUCUGGCCAUGGCCUACACCGCGUCUCACAUGGGCUCAGUGCUGCAGGCAGCAUUAAGUAUCUUUGGGAUGGUGGGUGGUCCUCUCCUUGGCGUCUUCUGUCUGGGAAUGUUCUUCCCCUGCGCUAACUCCACUGGUGCGAUAGUAGGGUUGGUGGCAGGCCUGGUUAUGUCGUUCUGGAUUGGCAUUGGUCAUUUCGUGUCCCGUAUGGCGCUGCCCACUACUCUGCCCCACAUCAUCAACGGCACCGCUAUGCCCCUCCCCGGCAACAUGACCACUGCUGUCAUGACCACCCUCAUUACCUCGAUCACCGCCAAACCAAAGCCUACGGGUGUGCAGGCCCUGUACAAUCUAUCCUAUUUGUGGUACAGUGCCCACAACUCUACCACUGUGGUGAUAGUGGGACUGAUAGCCAGCCUGUUGACUGGUCCUAUGAAGGAGAAGGACCUGCUCCCAGGGACGGUGUACCCUGUCCUGGGCAACCUGCUCUUCUUCCUGCCUGAACGCUACAGGGAGAUACUCUGCUGUGUCACCCCACUGCCGCAGAAGCCCAAAGCUAUCAACACGCAUCCUUACCAGAUGGCUCGGAAGGAGAGCAAUGGAGUGUCCCAUCCCAAAGAGAAGGAGAAGACUGAGGAGACGGAGAGAGAGAAGGAUGAGGACGAGGAGACAGCAACCCCUCAGCCUUCCUGCCGACUGGCUCACACGUUGCAGGAGACGGCCUUGUAGACCCCCCCCCCCCCCCC